CAGCAGCAGCAGCAGCAGCCACAGAAUGAUGCUGUUAUUUUGCAAUAUGACCAACCUAGUAAAGAGUGGCUGCCAAGCCGAGGUUUCGUCUUUUCAGUGGACGAGAUUUCAAAGCUGCCAAGGAUUUGUUUCGUGUUCAUAACACAAGACAAAUUCACCCAGAUGAACCAGCGUGACUCAGCGCUCCUGAAAGCCUUUGGAGCGCCUCGGUUCCUGGCGAAGCCCGCUCUCACAGAGCUGAAUGGCUUCUUCGGGAGUCGUACAGGACUUGGCAGGGAUCAUGACGACAGAGUAGACAGCAAGACAAUCCGUGAUUGCAGCACGUGGUUCCAGGUCUUCGUCAAGAUGGUUAGCAAAGUCCCCGGUGGCGGGAAAAGAGGAAUUGAGCCAGAAUACGUCAAACCCCCCAAGAAAGACUACAUCUGGCAUGAGAUGGGAUUCUACACGUUUUGGGGGAAACAGCCUGGCCAGAAUGGACAGGAAGAAACGGUGCUGCGCAUCCUCUGUGUCGACACGCCGGACGACAUGCCCGAGAGCAUAAAGGCGUUGCUGGAUGAGCACUCUGGCUCACAAGGGGGACUGGAAUUGAAUGACCCCUUCGCGUUGCAUAGCGCACUUCUGGACAAGAUCAUUGUGCUUCAAGACGUCGCCGUGUGGCGCGUGAGGGAUCAAGUCCGCGUUAUCGAGAAGUCUCGUGAUCACACCAGCGUUGGAAAGCGCUUCGAGACCAUGCACGAGAUAGGCCGGCAUGGCAUACACAUGUCCGAGGUGCUUGAAGUAUCCGCCAACACCAUCAACUCACUGCUGGAGUACCAGAAAACGGUCUAUAAGAAGACGACGCUGAGUCAGGAGUAUACCAUGCAAGCAGAAGAGUACAUGAAGUUCCAGCUUACAGCAAUCAAGUCGUUGAAAUUGCGAUCAGCGUCCAAUGAUAAAAGACUUGAGAACGAGAUCGCUCUGGCAUUCAACCGCAUUGCACAAUCUGACAAUACGGUGGUCAAGUCCAUCGCAGUGUUGACCAUGUUCUUCCUCCCAUCGACUUUCGUGUCGGCCAUAUUCAGCACCAGCUUCUUCGGGUUUCAGGACUCGGGCUGGGCCAUGUCUGACAAGUUUUGGAUAUUCUGGGCGGUUGCGAUCCCGGCCACGGCCCUCAUGCCCAUCUACAUGCUCUUCGCGUUUAAGAAGCCGAGGAAAGCCUGGGAGGCCCUAGCUGUAUGGAAGAAAAAGAGGGUCGACGCCGUGGCAGCAGGUCAGGCGAACAGGGCAGACGGAGUCGGCGUUUGAUCAUGUUAUGGCGGUGGUGAGAUUCCCAAGUUUGAAUUCUUUUGCUUAAGUAGCUUUGAUGGUUUUGCGAUUCUGUAGACCACAGACUGUGAAACUUUCAGGACAUAUGUUCUGAGCACUCUAUCUUGGUGACAAGUGAUACCAAUUUGUGAGCUGAUAUAGCACCAAGGAAGGCUUAAGUCAACACAGAAGAUAUUACUGGACUCCUUCCUGAAGAAAAUGCAAGUAUGAGUCAAAAUCAUAUUUGCCAAG